UUUGUACGAUUUUUACCAAUUUUAAGGGCAAUGGAGGACACGUGUAGAAUUUGCAUGAGAAAGUCGGAUACAGCCUUGGUCAACAUACUUGAUGAGAUGCCUCCUGGAGCGGAAGUUUCCAUUGCAGAUAUGAUUUCUCAAUAUACUGGCUUAUCGGUUUCCAAAGGGGAUUCCCUGCCAGAAACCAUCUGCUCCCCUUGCCUGCAGGACGUCCGAAGCGCAUUUCAGAUAAAACAAUCGUAUGAGGAGAACCGGGAGCACCAGAAUCAUUCAACGGAGGAGGAGGAGCCCACGCAGAUGGAAUUUUUCACCAUAACUGAAUUCAAAUGUGAGGACGACGAGGAGGAAAUCCAAAAUUUCAAUUCUGGAAUCAUAACGAAGGCGUCGGGGAAUUUAAGGCAGAGUUUGGAUCCAUAUGGCGACUAUACCAACUUCCAGGUGAAGAAUGAGCCAAUUGAAGAAAACUCUGUCGGAGAGGUGGACUGCGAGGUGGAUCAUACCGAAUGGCAAGUGAAAAGCGAAGAAGCUGAAUAUGAUGAAGAACCGGAGGAUGAUAAUGAUAAGGAUUAUAUCGACGAAAGUGAGUUCCUUAGCCAAGAUGGACAAACUGCAGAAGAGCUACCCUUCAAGUGUACCCACUGCUCCAAGUCCUUCUCAGACCGACGCAAACUCAAGAAACACAUACUGUAUCACAACAGUAAAAAGACAUACCAGUGCAACCAAUGUCCAAAGUCAUUUCUUUCGCCAUCUAACCUGGAGAACCACGUCCGUACACACACCGGAGAAAGACCGUAUAAGUGCUCCCAGUGCUCAAAGUCGUACGCCCAACUAUCUGCCCUCAAUACACACUACUUUAGUCACACCGGUGAAAGACCCCACAAGUGUCCUCACUGCCCGAAGGCGUUCCUAACGUCACCUAGUCUCAAAGUGCAUGUCCGAAGUCACACCGGAGAAAGGCCCUACCAGUGUACACUAUGCUCAAAGACUUUUCUGAGACGAUCCUAUCUGGAUAACCAUUACAACGUUCAUACUGAUGCAAUAAAAGCCACCGAGAACCUUGAGGGAUUGGAGGUCUUCAAGUGUACCCAUUGCCCAAAGACUUUCCUAAAAGAAACGUGGCUGAAGAAACACAUACGCAAUUAUAGUAGUGAAAAGGCGCACAAAUGCUCCAUCUGUCCAAAGUCCUUUAUUUCCCGAAACAAUCUAGAAGACCACAUCCGCACUCACACCGGGGAACGACCCUUUUUGUGUACCCAAUGUCCAAAAUCCUUUUCAAGUGCCGUCGGACUCAGGCGGCAUAUCCUUACACACUCAACUGAGAAACCAUACCAAUGUCCCCAUUGUCCCAACUCCUAUACCAUAAAGGAGAAUCUGACGAGGCAUAUUAAAUCACACUCGUCGUCUCUCAAGGCACCCUUGGACAGUGAGCAAACUUUGGAACAAGAGGAUAUACUUGGAAAGUAAUAUUUUAAAUUACUUUCCAUAGCAUUAUGUUAGAUACAUUUUAUGGGAAGGCCUUUGCCCUAUUUUAAUCUAUAAUU